AUGUUGAAGGUUGCAUUAGGGAAAAUAACCUUCUUUAUCCACGUUGAUGAAGUAACGACCGAUGGAAAAAUCCAUGGUGGUGCCUGCUGUCAGGGUGUAUCUGGGACGAAGUGUACAAAACUGUGUAAACCGGUCCUCACUGUAUGCCUCAAGGCCAGAUAUCAACCCUGUAUAACCAGCUUUACCACGACUACUGAUAUAAGACGAAAACAAGUUUUUUUUGGAUCCAAAGUGGGCAAUACAACAAACCCUCAAUUUCUUGAUGUCGAUACAUGGGUAACAUAUACAGGUAAAAUAGCAGUUAGCGUGGGAGAUCAACAGACAUCCUCUCUGCCCCUCAUCUACCAGGCAGAGUUCUCUGAUUACAAUUUGAAGAUAGGACAAAAUAUAUUGUCACAGAAUUGGAGACAGCAGAAGCUAGCAGCCAACUCUAUUAGAGACAAAAACUCAUUUGGCAUUCAGAUCACAUACAAGGCUUACUGUUCUGAAGGUUACUAUGGAUCAGACUGCUCAGUUCAUUGUCCCGGUAACCCAAACAAAUGUGUUGUUAAUGGACACACCUACUGUAAAAUGGGAUUGACAGGUAGAAACUGUGACCAUGAUAUUAAUGAGUGCGUUAGUAAAACGUUCUGUAGUCACGGAACAUGUGCAAACACUCCUGGUAGUUUUCACUGUACCUGCCCACCUUCAGUGUACGGUCUGAAAUGUCAAUUAGAUGAAGAUGAGUGUCUGUUGGGGCCUUGUAAUGGAGGAGAGUGUGUCAACAAAAUCGGUAGUUAUGAAUGUCUUUGUCGAAAUGGUACAUCGGGGAAAACCUGUGAAUCAUUGACUGGUACUUCCUGUGAAGGGAUUUCGUGUAGCAAUCAUGGCAGAUAUGUGACCCUAGAAACAUUGGAGAUCACUGUCAAACACGGAACUACUGUCACGGUCAGAAUUGUCAUUCUCGAGGAACUUGUCAGAAUAACGGGAAUACUUAUUCGUGCCAUUGUAGAACUGGUUACUCUGGAAAAGAUUGCCAGUUCGACAGCUGCUAUAAUAACAAGUGUCAGCAUGGGUCAACUUGUCAAGUGGUAUCAGGAUCAUCAAACUAUACUUGUACAUGUCCGUUAA